AACUAAUUGAGAUCAAGUGUCCAAAAGGAAAUUCAAGAUGUUUAAACGCUGGCGUGAUAAGAAAAAAGACAACGAACAGCCAGAGAGUCCAACAAAGAAAAACCAACCUCAGUCUCCCAGCGAGACCUCCGGGUUCAUUUGUCCAGUAUGUAUGAUCUCCUUCAACUCCCCAGAGGAUCUUCAAAUCCAUUUUGAAACGGCUCAUGUUGACAGUGAACCAGCAUCAACAAGUGGGGAUUUCAUCUGUCCUCUAUGUAUGAAAAAAUUCAACAGUCCAGGAGAAUUACAGAGUCAUUUUGAUCAGGUUCAUGAGACCCAAAACGAUCAAUCCACGAUUAAACCAACUGAUGCACAUUUGUCACAAAGUUUACCUGCAAACACUACAAAAGUUUGGAAUGAAAGGCAUGGCUCUUUGCUGUCAUUUGAUGAGGAGUUACCAGUUCCUAGGAAGGAGUCAGAAGUUUCUCUCUUGUCAAAUCAACUCAAAGAACUGGAGGGUAAAACUCAAGAAAUAAUGUAUCUACAGCAAGAGCUUAAUGAGUUGAAUGCUUCAUUAAAAGAAGAAAAAUGGUAUUCUGCUGCUCUGAAAGAAGAGGUUGACAAGAUGACAAAAGAGAAGGUGGAAUUGGAGGAAAAAAUUAGCUCACUGGAGAUGGAGAAACAAACAUUGGGGAAGGAAUCAGAGAGGAAGCUUCUGGAUGAAAAAGAAAAUAGUGUUAAAUGCAACAGAAAAUGCUGAACUCUUAGCAACUUUGGAAGGAGAAAAAAAGCAACAGAAGACUAACAGUGAAGAAAUCAGCAGGUUGAAGGAACAGCUAGAAGAUAAAACAAGGCUAAAUGAAAACCUAGAAAAACAGCUAUUGCAAAGACCAUCUGGAGAUGAGGUGAUCACUUUACAGAAUCAGCUUUCUACUGCACAGCAACAAGUGGCAUCACUUAGGCAAGAAAAGGAAGAGGAGCACAAAUCAUGGCAGGAAAAGUUCAAUGCAACCUUAACAGAAGUCAACAGCUUACAAAUGAAAGUGAAGGAGCUUGAGGUUGAAAAGGCAGCAAAAAUUGAACAAGUGCAGAGCUUACAGACAGCAGUAACAGCAUCUACAGAAAACAGAAAACAAGCUCAGGAGCAGAGCCAGGAACAACAACGUAAUCUUAUCAACCUUCAGCAUGAUCUCAGCCAGGUUAUCUUAUCCGUUUUCACUUUCAUGAAUGACCACGACAGAGUUUCUCCUUACAACGUCAAUUCGAUGUCUAGCCUGCAGAGCAGAGAACUCUCGAUCAAAGACCUUGAAAGUAGUCUUCAGCAAAAGAAGGAUGACAUUGCAAGAUUUGAAGAAGAAAGGACGGAUCUCAUUGCUAAGAUUGAAGCUGGCGGUGGAGCUGAAACGGUGAUUGAACAACUCAAACAAGAAAAGGUAUUUUGA